AUGAACGAAAAUUUAUUCUCCUCUUUCAUUACCCCCUCAACCAUAGGAUUGCCCGUUGUAAUUAUUAUUAUUAUAUUCCCAAUUAUUCUAUUUCCUACCCCCACCCGCCUUAUCAACAACCGCCUCAUCGCCAUUCAACAAUGACUAGUCCAACUUAUUUUAAAACAAAUAAUACUAAUUCAUAACCCUAAGGGUCGAACCUGAUCCCUUAUACUAAUCUCUCUAAUUAUAUUUAUUGGCUCAACUAACCUCCUAGGCCUCCUCCCACACUCUUUCACCCCAACUACACAACUAUCCAUAAAUCUCGGCAUAGCCGUCCCCCUAUGAGCUGGUGCAGUUAUUAUGGGCUUCCGUUAUAAAACCAAAGCCUCACUAGCACAUUUUCUACCCCAAGGAACUCCCCUUCCACUCAUCCCUAUACUCGUAAUUAUCGAAACGAUUAGCCUGUUUAUUCAACCCAUAGCCCUCGCUGUACGACUCACUGCCAACAUCACUGCAGGCCACCUCCUUAUGCACCUAAUCGGCGGUGCUACACUAGCCCUUACUUCUAUUAGCCCCGCAACCGCCACAAUUACAUUCAUCAUCCUUCUCCUACUAACCGGCUUAGAAUUCGCUGUAGCACUAAUCCAAGCCUAUGUCUUCACGCUUCUCGUAAGCCUCUACUUACAUGACAAUACUUA